AAUUCCUUUCCCAAAUAGCUAUUCAAAAGUUAAGAAUCCUAACUUCUUUUCACCAUCAAAAAUCACUUUUUCAUUGAUGUUAAAGAAUGAAUAGAAACAGAUGCGAUUCAAUAGUGAUUUUCAAAAUGCCGAAACUAACUUUUCAAACAACGUUUUUAGCAAUUUGUAAAAACAUAUAUCUCCCGAGACCUUUUCAAAGCCGUUGCUUUCACGCGCUCUCUCCUUUUCUCAUUUUUUUUUUUAUAGAUUAGAGAAAAGGGGUUGAAGAACAGAGAGAUAGCGAGAGGAAAUGACUUUUGAACUAAUUGAAGACUCUUGUUUUCCACCCCUUUUGUUUGGUGUACAUGUGGGUCUUGCUCUUCUUGAUGCCAUUAUUGCAGUUCUUGCAUUUUAUCAGUUAGCGAGGAUUCAAUCAAGAGAUUCACGUGGUUGGACUCGUCAAAAAGUGUUUCAUCUAUUGAUUGGUUCUUCUAACUUGGGUUAUUUAGCUUAUUUUAUCUUGAGUCUUUUUGCCGCUUGCAAUGGGUGGCUAUGUUGGUCAGGUUCUUGUGGUUUCGUUUUUAUGGCCUUCCCCAAAAUUCUAGUUCUCGCUUUGUUUCUUCUUCUUUUGUCAUUCUGGGUUGACCUUUGCCAUCAGCCAGAGGAUGAAGAUGACGAGGAUGAAGAGAGGAGUUUCGAGGAAGGCUUAUUGGAGAAGAUCUCUAGUAAACCAAGUACAUCAAAUACCGAUUGGAGCAGGAGAUGGUGGGUUCCUGUACGACUGCCACAUGUUGGAAGCCGUCAAAAUUUAGUAAUACUGGUGGUCACAAUUAUCUUUGUUUUAACAUUGGCAUUUGCUGUGAUACUGUGGCUUGAGAUGGGAAACAUAUCCAUUGAUUCUUUGGUAGCUGUUCAGGUAGUAUAUGUAGAUCUUUUUGCUGUAAUGACACUCUUAUUAGGAGGCGCAUUAGCUUUCUAUGGAUUGCUCUUGUUCUUGAAAAUGAGAAGAGUCAGAUCUGAGAGGGCAUCAUCUGAAAUAUUGAAGGUUGCAGGUUUGGCUGCCGUGUCAGUUGUAUGUUUCACUUCAAGUGCACUUGUAGCUUUUUUAACAAAUAUCCCGGUACCGAUUCAAUGGCAACGGCAAUAUCACAUUUAUGGUGCAUAUACUUCUAUUUUGCAGAUUACAUAUUAUUUUAUAGGAUCAACUAUUCCUUCAGCAUUUGUUCUCUGGAUCAUGAGAGAAUUACCACCAUGGAUUGCAGCUAGUUCCCAAGAACAAACAAGAACAAUAACCUUUGUUUGUGACGAUGCUGCAACCGUACAUCGUCCUCAGGAAUGGACUUUGACGACAAAUUCUCCGGUUUGUAUUUCAUUAGAAUUAUUUAACCUUCUUAUAUCAUCCUGCUGAAUUCAUUUUGUUAUCAUUAAUUUGGAGGCCCCAUUCCUGAAAAUGGAAAAAUCUGAGUAGUUGAGAACUUUCAAAAUCCAUAAUAUAGUAGGUAGAGACGUUAGAGUUGACUUAGCGUGCAGUUGUCUGUUUGUACACUAAAACUAAAGAUUCCAACAUCUUCAAAGUGUAUAGACAAUGAAUGCUAAAUCAACUCUAACAUCUCUACUAUAUGUGUGUUUGAAAGCCUUCCACUUGGGUUUUCUCGUUUUGUAGGAGUGUGGCCCCAAAUUCCCAGUAACAAAAGUUGGGUCUUCCUUUUACUUUCUUUUAUCUUCAUGAACUUUUCUCUGCUGAAUUUCUCUUAGAUGAUGACUUUGACUGACAUAUAAUAUUAGGGAGCCUGUUCUUUCCACCCUUCAUUUUUUGUUUUUUUAAUGCACAAGCAAGGGACCGUUGGCAAGGGACCAUGAUGGUUGUUGAUACCUUUGUUUGUAGGUACCAUCAAGGGGUAGUCCCAUAUAAAUGCUUUUUGUGAUGCAAGUUUAGUCUGCCAAAUUUUAGAAGUGUGCCAGAAUUGUUGAUUGUAUUGCAGUUGUGAUCGAAACUGUUGCAUUAUGUUUGGUGAGCGGUAUCGAGAAGUCCGUAAGGUUGUGUUGGUACCGUGUUGUUCUAUGAUUUUGUAAACAUGUGUAUAUACUUCUCUUGCAUAUUGCUUCAAUCAAAUGUUAAUAGAAUAAGUUGGUAUCUCAAACUAACCGCUGAUUGAUUAGUUUAAUUCUUCCUUUAAUGAAGUGUCGUUUGGUGCACUAAAUUGAAUUAUGAAAUUUGAAGUUAA